AUGCUCGAAUCCGACUAUCCAUACACAGCUCAAGAUGGUCAGUGCAAAUUCGAUAAGAUGAAGGGUGUUGGCAACACAAAGGGUGCUGAUGGUGUCGAACCAACAGAAGAGGCUCUUGCAAAGGCUGUUACAAAUGGUGUUGUAACAAUUUCUAUUGAUGCUAGACAGCAUUCCUUCCAUCUCUACUCUUCCGGAAUUUACUACGAACCAGCCUGCUCAUCUACAUUCCUUGACCACGCUGUCGGCUGCGUUGGCUAUGGAACAGAGGGUUCUCAGGCUUAUUGGAUCGUUCGUAACUCUUGGGGCACAACAUGGGGUGAAAAGGGCUAUAUCCGCAUGAUCAAGGAUAAGGACAACAACUGUGGUGUCGCCACCAGAGUUGAACUCCCAAUCGCUCUUUAA